ACCGAACCAGCUUGUCUAUAUACAGUCGACACUCCUGUAUUGUGUAUCGUCGUCAGAGCAGAGAGAGCUGAGCUGUGAAGAGACAAAGGAGCAGAACCAGUCGAGUCUAGGGUGUAUUUUUUAUAUUUCGUUGACAGUUUAGCAUUAUACGAGCAGCAGCAUAAUGGCCGAUAAAAUGGAUAUGUCUCUAGACGACAUUAUCAAGCAGAACAGGCAGCAGAGAGGUGGAGGCCGCGGUGGUGGAAGAGGCCGAGGCCGCGGAGGCUCCGGCGGCGGACGAGGAGGCCCCGGGCGUCUCGGAGUCAGCGGCGGAGGGUUUGGAGGCCGAGGAGGAUCCGGGCCCAUGAGGAGCCGACAGAACCUGAGCCGCGCUAGAGGCAGACCAACGCCUUACAGCAGGCCCAAACAGCUUCCAGAUAAGUGGCAGCAUGACAUGUAUGACAACGGCUUCAGUGGCUUCAGUGGUCCUGCUGGAGGUGGCGGAGGAGGAGGAGGUGUGGAAACUGGAGGGAAGCUCCUUGUCUCCAAUCUGGAUUUUGGGGUCUCGGAUGCAGACAUUCAGGAACUUUUUGCAGAAUUUGGGACUCUGAAAAAGGCUGCAGUUCAUUACGACAGAUCGGGGAGAAGCCUGGGAACAGCAGAUGUCCACUUUGAAAGGCGGACAGAUGCCCACAAGGCCAUGAAACAGUACAAUGGCAUCCCGCUUGAUGGGCGGCCUAUGAACAUACAGCUCGUCACGUCACAGAUCGACACACAGAGGCGGCCUAUGCAGGGUCUAAACAGAGGUGGUGGAGGAGGCAUGAACAGAGGCCGCGGGGGCGGCUUCAGAGGCAUGCAGAGAGGCCGCGGAGGACGUGGUGCAGGCGGUGUCGGGGGAAGAGGUCGGGGUGGUCGCGGUGGUACCAGCAAACAGCCUCUGUCGGCAGAGGAACUCGAUGCUCAGUUAGACGCCUACAAUGCCAGGAUGGACACCACUUAAAGAAUGAAGCUCCUCUGGUUUUGUAAUAUCUUACUGUCUGCACAGAAGGGUAGUUGUUACAAAUGUGCAGCAUAUUUUACACAUGGUUGUCUUCUGAUGUGUUUGAAAUUAUUGUUCCAACCUCUUCUUUUAAAUGCCCGACAUGUUUUUUACCAGUACUUUUUGUUUUUUCUCUUCCUGACUAAAAUGGUUUUGGCUGUAGGUUCAUGUGGAUUGGGGUUUUCCCAGUUCGUUCUUCUACCAUGUAGUUAAUGCCGCUUGUAAUAAAACCUACAGUGCAUAUUAACCAAAUACUGUCUCUGUUUCAAUGUCUAAAUCUUUGUCAGUUGUUUUUCAAAUGCUGUUAAAUUCAAAGACUCUUUCCAGUUUCAUUGUGCUGAAUUUAAAAGGGUGAUUUACACUUGUGUGUUUUUUUUUUUUUUUUUGUGAUUACAUUUGGUAACAAUAUGCAUGAAAUCAAGCUUUCCAUUUGAUCUUAAGCCUCAAUGUGAAGAACAGGAUACAUUUGCCUGUUUGUUUUUUGAUCGUUUGGAAUAAACAUUUGUAAUGUUUUUACAACAAAUUUUGGAAUCUACAAUUCCUCAAUAGAUAUUUUGAUGAAACUAGCACAGGGUCAGCUUUUUACCCAAGACACCCAAUGAAAUACUGUUAAAGCAAUAAAGUAACUGCUGGUUGUA